CGUCCUUGAAACACGUUUAUUGAUUGUAUUACUUUAGAAGAUAGUGAUUGGUUGAUGUUGUUCCCACUUUGAAAUAGCCAAAAAAGUGGCGAACUUUAUGAGUUCCCUUCAUUAUUCAUUCAUUUUACUGACGGUCAGGGUUUCCCAAUCAUAACGAAACCGAGCAAAUAUGUCACCUUUUCUUUUCACGGUUCAUCUUUCUGCGUUCCGGUUCAAAUGAAAGGGCUGUGGCCUGGCAGACUCGCCCCAUGAAACUUUGUCUACAUGCUAUGCUGAAAUUCCUCAAUGGCGGCUCUCUCCUUCCAGCUCCUCCCACCGUCACACUCCGCACGUCGCUUCCAGUGGUUAAAAGCACGUCGUUUGCCUGAAGCUCAACACUUAGUACAGGGUCUAAGUUUACCAUCGUUGGUGCUGGAAAGCCAGGUUUAGGAUUGAGGUCCUCGAGUUUCUGCUAUUUUAAGUCAUAUGAUACAGAAAGUAUUACUAAGAUUCUGAACCAGAGGCGGAACCCUCGAUAUUAGUGAUCUCAAAAAAUCUUGCAAGCUCGCUGAUUAAGGGUUACUCAUAACUUACAGUAAUUGGAAAAGUAACAUACUGGAUCCUCUGAUAAGAUUCGAUUUACGAUUUCACAAGAUGGUUUUAGAUCUUGAGAAGCUAGCGAGGGAGAGCGUCGUACCUCGUUUAAAUGAACACGGUUAUUAUUAUAUUGAUAAUUUUUUGGGAAGUGCAGUCGGGGAUUGUGUUUAUGAAGAAGUUCGUAACUUGCAUUCUGUUGGAGCGUUACGAGAUGGGCAGCUGGCCGGUCAAAGAGCUGGUUACUGCAAAAGACAUCUACGGGGUGAUCAGAUCACUUGGGUGAGAGGAGUCAAGGACAGAUGUUAUGCAAUAGACUUCCUUCUUUCGUUACUAGAUAAACUUAUUAUUCUUUGUGGAGGAAAACUCGAAAAUUACAACAUAAAAGACAGAUCCCAGGCAAUGGUAGCCUGCUACCCAGGGAAUGGAACAGGGUAUGUCCGGCACGUUGACAAUCCAACUGGUGAUGGUCGUUGUGUGACAUGUAUUUAUUACCUGAAUAAAAACUGGGAUGCAAAGGUUGAUGGUGGUAUUCUUCGAAUAUUUCCAGAAGGAAAAUCAUACGUAGUUGACGUUGAGCCAAUGUUUGAUAGAUUGUUGUUAUUCUGGUCUGAUCGAAGAAAUCCACAUGAAGUACAACCAGCAUAUUCUGUCAGAUAUGCUAUCACGGUAUGGUACUUUGAUGCAGAAGAGAGAGCUGAAGCCAGAACUAGGUACCGUAAUCGCACAGCUUCUGGAGAAGCAACAAGCUUUUCAUCAUGACUGUAACAGCGGUGAAACUUGACCGAUGAGCUAAGCCUUUGAGCAGUGGUAAUUCACAUGACCUUUUCAUCAACUCCAAAGACAAGUGUCCUUCCACAAUAAUCCUAUUAAAUGCCAUGCUUAUGAAUAAUAGUUGUAUGUUGACUUCUGCUCUUAUCUAUAAUAGAGAUGGUACUGGCUGCUGUUUAACCUACCUUUCAAUGAAAAGGUUUUUAGCAGAAUCAAUCUGUAAUCCAACAUUGCACAAUAUAAAAUUCAAUGUCAAUGUAAUUAUGCAUAAGAAUAUAGCAAGUGUGAUGUGUUAAAUAUUAUGACCAUUUUACAUAAUUAGGUCUAAUAUUGCACUUUAUAUAGAUUAUUUCCAGAUUGCAAGGGCGCUGAUUAAUAAUUUUGAUGGCUAUAUUUUUUUUCUAUUUAAAAGUAGUCGAAUGAUUUUAUUUGUGGCAUUUUUUCAUAUUCCACCAUUGAUGGUGUUUGACCAUCACCUACUGAUUGUUAUUAAGAAUGUUUGUUUGUUCAACUUUUGUGUAACAUGUAAAUAAACCUGAUAACCUUACAGCUUUAUUUAACUUUAUUUAUAUGGAAGCUAAAUAUAUCAUUGUGCAAAAGAAACACAUUUCUCCUAAUGUUACUAUGAAUAAUCUUUAUCGCACUUCACUGUGAUUAAACUCAUUAAGACUUUUACUUUUAUUCUCUAAUGAUUUGCAGUUUAUUCUUAUUUGUGAGAGCAUUGUGCAUUACUAUAUCAAACUUGUGUUAACUAUGUCUGAAGAAAGAAUACAACAUUAUAAGUGAAAUAUUUUCUGUUGUUGCCUUUUAUUAGGGAAGUAUAAUUCCAUGGGAAUUCCUGACGUAACUUGAACAUGUGAGCAACAAAAUUACUGAAUUUGCAACUGGAUGCCAUCGUGUAUGCUGGUCAACAAUUUGGCAAUUCAGUAGUGGCAAUAAACAAGUUGUACUGGAAGGUUUCUUUGAAAACUAUAAAAGUUAUAUUGCCAGAUAAUAAAAUGGUUCCUCCUAUAAGGACACAGAAAUGAUUUUAUACAAA